UUAACAUUUUUUAUAAUCAUAAAGAGUCAUUGUAUAUUGGUAAAAAAAAUUGAUAUAUACAUUAUUUGAAUGCAUGAAUCUUUCUACGAGUAACAUGUAUAAUUAAUUAUUCAUUUUAUUUAUGAAUAAAUUAUAAUUGUCUUUUUAAAAGAGACAAAGUUAGGGGUUCGAUAUUUUAAACGCUCGACGGUUGGUAGCACUUGUUUAUGACAAUUUGUAUAAAGAGUCAUUGUAUAUCAUUAAAAAAAAUGGAGAUAUAUUAUUUUAACGUAUGAACCUUUCUACGAGAGUAAAAUGUAUAAUUAAUUAUUCAUUUUUUUUUUUAUUCAUGAACAAAUUAUAAUUGUCUUUUCAUAAGACAAAGUUAGGGGUUCGAUAUUUUAAGCGCUCGACGGUUGGUAACACUUGUUUAUGGCAACUUGUUACAAAUUUAAUCUACUGAUAAUCUGGUACGGUGGUGUUUUAUUACAAUUAUUGUUGUGACUGUAUUUAUUAGUAAUAUUACAUGCAAAAUAUGGUUUAUUUACAUUUUACGUCUAAUUUAACCGAGGAGGAAUCGAUGUUGCAGAUGAAAUACGGCAAACUUAAGAGAAAGAAAAAAGCAUUGCAAGAUUUAAAAUCUCCUAAACAAGAAACAGAACGCGUACCACAAGCACCUAAACGUCCGACAGAAGCAAGAGAUGCUAGAGAAGUUGCGAAAAAGCUUAUUAAGUCUGGCGUCAUUACAGCACCGAAAACACCCAAGAGACCAGAACAAUCAUUUAAAAGACCACGCGGAUUAGAGAGAAAAUUAAAUAGUACAGAAAAGACAGUUAGUUCGUAUCAACCAUUUUCAGCCGCGCAAAUGGAAGAAGAAGAGAGCGAAACUGUAAGACCUAGAGUUAAGGAUUUAUAUGAUUGUUUUGUAAGUGCUCAAGACAAAGAAGAUAGAAGUACGGUUGAUAAGCAAGCACAAGUAAAACAAGAAGUGAAACCCAGAGCUGGUAAUACAAUAUUUGUUUGCGGCUAUAAAAUUUCUGAAGAUUUCUUGAAGAAACAUUUCCAAACAUUUGGCAACGUUAUUAACAUAUCGAUGGAGGCUGAGAAAAAUAGAGGAUUUGUGACCUUUGACAAACCGGAGGCAGCUGAGAGAGCGAUCAGCGAGAUGGAUGGAAGCAUGGUUUCUUCGAUUCAGUUAAAAGUUUCUUUGGCAAGAAGACAACCAAUAAUAGAACCGAUAAAUGAUGCUUCUUCUAGUACAAUGUGGACCUCGAUAGCAGCUAAUUAUUCCCUGAAGAGCGUACAUAAAGAUAGACGAGACUUAAAAGUUUACGAGGAAGAUCUUUUUCAAUAAUACGAAAUACGAUGAUUUUAUUUUUGGUUAACUUUUCAUUUUUAUAAUCGCUCUAUACGAGAGUCCACGUAUAUUUGCGAUAUUGGCCUAUAUGCGUAUUUAUGUUUUUUUAAAUGAUCACAACUUAUGAUCACAAAAAUUAGUUUGUUUCUUUGUUUUUUGUUAGAAAAUAACAUGAUAUCAGCUUUGGUUACAGUAAAUCUUAAAUCUGGUCACUGAUGACUGACUACGUCUAAUGUCUAACAUUUUUGUUAUAUCUCACUCAGCAGAUAAAAUUGAUAUUUUAGUUAUUAUAUUUUAUUAAGAUAUUUUUAAUUUUACGAUAUCAAAAACGGACUGAUAAGUUUAAGAGCCUACGCAAACCCAAGUUUGAGUUUUUCGCCAUUUUGUUGAAAAUGUUUUUUGUUUCUUUUAUUUUUAAUUUAAAAUUGUUUUACCGUCGAACUAAAACUUCUGACUUUGGGUUGCAGCCUAUAAAGAUUAUAUCUAAAUUAACACCUGUACAAUAUAGUAUAAGACUAAUGAGUAAGCAAAUAAAAAUUAUUCUCGUUCUAA